UGGGUGGUAGUAAUUGCAAAGCAGAAAUAUAAAGCUCAGGACUGGUGAACACAUUGUGCCAACUUAGUCCUUUUCCCCAUUCUUUCAGGAGAAGCAACUUAAAAAAACCACACAAGAUGUCAUUGCUAAAUAUAUUUCUCUCUUAUCCUGCAUGUAUUUGUUUCCUCUGCCUGCUGAUCUUUUUAGCAUCACUUUAUUUUUCAGCCAGCUCCCGAAAAUCGACUUCUAAAUUGCCACCUGGUCCGACACCUCUUCCUAUUAUUGGCAACCUGCAUUUGCUGGAUAUUAAAAGGCAAGACAAGUCUUUAUUGAAGCUUGCCAAGAAAUAUGGGCCAGUGUUCACCCUCCAUUUUGGAUUCCAGAAAGUUGUAGUGCUGACUGGCUACGAAGCUGUGAGAGACGCCCUUGUGAACUUUACAGAGGAAUUUGUGGACAGGCCGCCAAUCCCAAUAUUCGAAGAGAUUCAACGUGGAAAUGGGGUUUUCUUUUCCACUGGAGAGUUGUGGAGAACAACCCGACGAUUCACCAUGUCCAGCAUGCGCAAUCUUGGAAUGGGAAAAAAGCUCAUAGAGGAGCGGAUUAUAGAGGAACUCAGUUUCCUUGUACAGGACAUUAAAUCUUUUGAAGGUAAACCUUUCAACCUCAGAACCUUUAACAUUGCCCCAACCAAUAUUACCUUUGUUCUGUUGUUUGGAGAGAGAUUUGACUACAAAGAUCCAAUAUUUAUCACGCUGCUAAAACUCAUAGAUGAAGUUAUGUGCCUUCUUGGAUCUCCAUUCUUGCAUCUGUUUAACUUCUACCCAUUCCUUGGAUUUUUUUUCAACGCUCACAAAAUCUUACUUAAAAAAAUUGAAGAUGUCCGUGUCAUUAUAAGGAAUUACAUCAAGACGAGCAAGCAAUAUAUCAACGCCAACAGCCUCAGAAGCUACACAGAUGCACUGGUCUUCAAGCAACAAGAGGAUACGAGCAAGAAAGAGAACAUUUUUAAUGAUGACAACCUAAUUGCGUCCAUCCUGGAUCUUGUCAUGGCUGGAACAGAGACCACAGCAACGACAUUGCAAUGGGCUGUUUUACUGGUGAUGAAGUACCCAACGAUUCAAAAGAAGGUUCAAGAGGAGAUCGGGCAAGUUGUGAAAGCAGGCAGCUGGGCCACCUACGAGGACCGGAAAAACAUGCCCUACACCAAUGCGGUGAUCCACGAGGUGCAGAGAUUUAUCACACUGCUCCCGCAUGUCCCACGCUGCACCUCGGUUGACACUCACUUCAGGGGCUACUUUCUCCCAAAGGGAACAAUGGUGAUUCCUUCGCUCACUUCUGUGCUUCUUGAUCAAAAUCACUGGGAGACCCCACAUGAUUUCAACCCUAACCAUUUCCUUGAUGCCAACGGGAAGUUUAUCAAGAAAGAGGCCUUCAUGCCUUACUCCUCAGGGCGCCGGAACUGCAUUGGCGAAAGCCUGGCCAAGAUGGAACUCUUUGUGUUCUUCACGGGUCUCUUGCAGACAUUCACUUUCCAACCUCCACCGGGGCUGACAGAAAUGGACUUGGACUUGAACGUCCCUAAGACGACCUUCACUUUGAGGCCACAGCCUCAGCCGACUUGUGCCAUUCCCCGGGAGUAAUGAGGACCCUGCAAUCAAAUCGUUUGCUCAUAGUGUGUGUGGGGGGGAGGGAAUCUCAAACAGGGCAUUCCUUUGAUGAAGCAGGUACAUUUGUGACCUGUGCUGCAGCAAAGCUUAAUUUGCGCAAGAGGGAGUUGCAACCGGCCCUCCCAACAAACUGACCUUUGCCAUGCUCGUCUAGAACAUAACAGUAGAACAAAAAAGAGCCCUGCUGGAUCAAGCCAAAGGCCCAUCUCAUCCGCCUGCUUUUUUCACAAUGGCCAACCAGAUGCCCCUGGGACGUCUACAAGCAGGACCUGAUUGCAAGAGGACUCUCCUCCCCCUGUGCUUUCCAGCAACUGGUAGUCAGAAGCAAACUGCCUCCAACAGUGGAGGUAGAACAUAGCCAAUGGCUAGUUGCCAUUGAUAGCCUUACCCUCCCUGUAUUUGUCCAAUCCUCUUUUAAAGCCAUCCAAGUUGGUGGCCAUGCCUGCCUUCUGUUGGAGUGAAUUCCAUCAUUUGACUUGGUGCUGCGUGAAGAAGGACUUUCUUUUGUCUGUCCUGAAUCUUCCAACAUUCAGCUCCAUUGGAUGUCCACAAGUUCUAGCGUUAUGAGAGUCAGGUCUGCGUUUCUCAGGCAGCUUUCCCUACCAUGAAGUGUCCUUCAUGUAAAUUUUCAGUUGUGACUAUUGUGGACAUCACUUUAUACCCACACACACAUUUUGAAUGCAACCGGUCUUGUGAGACAUUUGCUGGACUUUCACACGCACUGUAUCUGUUGCUGCAAGACCAAAGCUUCAGGGUCACAUUCUGAAAAGGAGGCUUUUUAACCACACAUUGGUUUCCAAAAUAUUUGUAUGUUACACUUUCACCGUGCAAUGCAUAAUUUUAUACACUUCUAUCAUGUCACUGCUAAUUAAUACUUUGUGCUUUUAUAUGCUGCAGUUUGUGGAGAAGUAGACAUUGCAUACUUGGCCUUUCAGAAAGCUUUUGAUUAAAUGGCUCC